AAAAAGCCCCGCCAUAACUCUAUGGAGGCCUUUCGUCUCCAUGCUUUGUUCAAGAAUAUACCUCCAUUUUCUCUGCAAAAGCUCCUCCAUUUCUCUUCAUCUUCUGCUGCAAACCCUAGCGCACGGCGUUUCGUCUCGGACGACUUAAGCGCUGAGGGCAGUUCCAUUUACCGGCACACCCUCAAGUUCCAGCGUCCCACCACCAUUAAAUGGUGCGACCGGUUCCACAACUCCGUCAGUUUUAUCGGUUCAGUGGACCGUCCCCUGGAAAGACGCUAUACGAUAAACGGCGAUCUGUAUGUUUACACCGUGCUCCAUGUCAAACCUUUCCGGGAAGCAAGACGCGAUGUUAGGAUAUUCUUGCAGAUGUGGGAUAGGAUGGCAGAAAUAUCUUUCAAGCAUCUCAAACAAAAUGAUUUGAUUCAUGUUUCAGGUCAUUUAGGAUUUUACACAAAGGCCGAUGACAACGGACAACCCAGACCAUAUCACAAGGUGAUCGUAAAGGAAUUAAAUUAUGUUACACAAUUUGGACAGCCACCAACAUACAAGAAAAUUGAGAAUUUAGAAUCAGAAGGUGGAACAGGUUUGAUAAAACCGAAAAGCCGCCUUUACUUGUGGCAAGUGUUCUUCUACAACCCUGAUGAAUGGUGGGAUAACAGAAAACGUAAGAAAAAACCUAGUCAACCAGAUUUCGAACACAAGCAUACAGGUGAGGUUCUUUGGCUCCAUAAAGGAGAUCCUGUAUGGGUCAGAAAACAACUGCAACUGCACGAUUCGAGAAUGGCAGAACUGGACCAAGUGCGACCUACUGGUAGUCGCGCCGUGUCUCCCAUGCAAUUGUAGGGUUCUCGGUUCCAUCAUUCCAGCUGGUAAAAAUGAAAAUAGAUUUAAAUGUUUUUUUUUCUUCCAUAUUACUUGUCUUCUUAUAUAAUGUAUAAAAUAUCAGAUAAUUUGCUUAUAUUCUAAAAUCUGAGGUUUUUUAAGCAUGUUUAGGAUGUAAGCAGAGCGUAAAUUCUGAGAAAGAAUUUGAAUCCAAAAGGGUGAAACUUGAAAC